ACUAUUCACUACCAGCAUGACUACAAAGGUUCUAGUACUAACAGUCCUUGUGGCUGCCACCCUCGCCCGCCCUGAACCACCACCUACAUAUGGACCUCCAGUACCAGCCUACAAACCCCCAGCACACCCACGACCUGCUUAUGGUGCUCCUACUUAUCCUGACACUCCUCCCCAGUACAACUCUCAGUACGCUGUGAAGGACGACUACUCCGGCAACGACUUUGGUCAUGAUGAAUCUCGUGACGGCUACGACACCAAGGGUACUUAUUAUGUCCAGCUUCCCGACGGUCGUCUGCAGAAGGUGACUUACUACGUCAACGGCGACUCCGGUUAUGUAGCGGAAGUGAGUUACGAGGGCGAGGCCCAGUACCCAGCCUACCAACCUGCUCCAGCCUACAAACCUGCUCCAGUCUACCAACCUGCACCAACCUAUGCAUAAGUUUACAUAAAAAUAUUUUAAUUGUUUAUUUCCUAAUUUAUUUA